AUGUCUUCUCUAUCUAUCUCUGUGCUUCGCGCUUCUUCGAGGUCAACCUCUAUUCUCCCAAAGCAGUUCAACACCCUCGGCCAAAGAUUCUACGCGAAGGCACCAGAACCAGAUAACGCCCACUAUGUGAUCGAUGACCAGACUCAAGGGAACAUCGCCGACGAGAAGAAUGUCCACAAGAAAGACGUCCAUAGUCAGGCUGCGCGUGGAGGAAGGGAAGAGCGCAAUAAAUCAGAAGCUACGCUCGAUGCGGCGUCGCAGAAAGAGAAGACAAAGGCGCAUGAUGCGGGGAAAGGGAAUCCGGAGGGGAUAGGUAUGGUUGACCAGGUUGGGAGUGCGUCGGGGAGUGCGGAGCAUUAUGAGCAAGGGAGGAAGGUCAGGAAGAAGCCUUGA